AUGGAUUCAACUCUUCUCCGUUUUGCAUCACUACUACUUAUUUCUCUCACAUCAUCUGCAAACCCUAAUUCCGACUACAACAGUUUGGUAUACACAAAAUGUGCAAAUCGAACGUUUGCAACUCCCCCAACUAAAUCGCAAGUCCCACGACAAACCCUUUCGUCUCUUUUGCAACAACUAACAUCACAUUCCUCCCAAUCCAAGUUCUACAGGCAUGCCGAAGCCGGCUUAGACAACAACGAGGCUGGUUCGGCUCGUGUUCAGCUGCAUGGAUGCUACGUGCACUACGAGCUCGAUGGGGUCGACUCAGAGCCUUUUAACGAUAGAUUAAUGCACAAGACUUAUGGGGAGGAUUUGGCAAAUGGGGUGGCGGCGGUGUUCGAGGAGAUGAGAGACGCUGCGUUUGCUGCCUUGGAGAGCGAAGUUGCUGACGGUGGUGGGUUUUGCAAAACGGGGUAUGAGGCGGUGCAAGUGAUGGCGCAAUGUUCCGGGGGCUUGGGGGGAUGUGAGUGUGGAAAGUGUGUGGGUAGGGCGGUGCAAAUUGCAGAAGAGGAAUGUGGUGGCGCUGUUUCUGGGCAGAUUUAUUUGGAGGAGUGUUGA